GCCCGGCCCGGCCCGGCCCGGCGCCGCUUGGCUCGUCCCGGCCGUGGGGACUCGGGAUCGGCUGGCUUACAGUGCCAGCGGCGAUGGCACAACAAGAAACCCACCAGCCUCCAGAAGCUUUAACUCUUUGGUGUGGAACAAGCUCAGAGUGACAGCAGAAGCAGCCUACAGAAACAGAUAUACCUGUUCAACUCUCAAGGUGUGGAUGAUCAUGGGAGAACAACUGUUAAAGAACAGCAGCAUCCUUGAUCAGUUUAUUAAUAGCCACGAGCAGUCAUAUGAAGAGUUUCUAAAUACAUUCACAUAUCUUUUGAAAGAGAAAGAGGGAAAGACAAUUCAGGGAAGUAAAGUGGACUCCUUAAAAAAAAAAAGUUCUACUUCUGAAUUAUCGAACAGAAAUAAACAGGAUGGCUCACCUGAAAGAAGCAGAGAAAUGUGGAUGUCAUUUCCAGCACGGACACCAAAUGAGAAUGAGACAGUGAUGAGUGAGAGCUCAACAGCUGGUGCCUCUGAUGGAAAUAAUCUCAGUCUGUCUGAAAGAGCAAAGGUGGACAAUUACUUAAACUUGGAAGAUGUAGACACAGAUGAAGAGACAUGCAGUGCAGGGUCAUUAGUUCUCCCAGGAGAGGUGGAAGAGACAGUGACUUGCUGUACACCCUUUUUUGAUAAGCCUAUUCAGCCAAAGUUCAGAGCCUUGUCAGUUCCCCAGCCUUCAGACAGCAAAGCCCAAGAGGCCCUUCCUUCACUGAAGCUGUUCUGGGAAGUGUGUUACAUUAGUAUCAGAUGCAUCUACUGGGCGAUGAUGUUCAACCAUUCUCACUUGAUGAAGAAUUUGAUUAUGACAAUGUGGCACUGACCCCUAAGUUCUCUGAAGCUGAGCUGAAGGCCAUUAUAGAGUUGUCUGAAGAGAAAACAGCUACAGAUGUCAAAUCAGCACAAGCUGAAGACUGAGUCAAAGGUGUUCUGUGCAGGGCUGUUGGAAUAACCUUUUUAUGAGAUGAAUGUAGCUCCUAGUUGUACCCAUAUUUAGUGUUCAUAUCUGUAUGGCCAGCAAAUGGCAUCCCUGAGAUUUGUCAUUCAUUCUGUCUCUAGGUGCCUUAGAUCCUGUACUGGCUCAGGAUAGGUGUACUGGAGUGACUUCUCCAUAGGAGCAAAACAAGCUGCUGGAUUUCAGAAUAGCAUCGUGGCUACUCUUGCUUGUAUCUGGUACCAACUCACUUCCUGAGUAGUACAGAGCUGGUCCUAAAGCUGCCUUUUACCUCAUUCUUUCAGUAAUACAAUUAAGAGUUUUUUAACAGCUGACAAAUAAGUCCAUGAACUCUUUAAAUGUAUAGAGAUACAUGAGUAAAUAAAUCUGGGAACAUUUUUUUUCUCUCGUGUUUUGAGUUACUUCGGUUCUGCAAAAAAUAAAUAUUCCUGUUUCCAACAAA